AUGUGCAACUCUUGUUGUGGCUCCGUCUGCUCUGAGCAGGGCUGUGGCCAGGAGGCCUGCUGCCAGCCCAGCUGCAUGCAGACCACCUGCUGCAGGACCACCUGCUGCCGCCCCAGCUGCUGCGUGUCCAGCUGCUGCAGGCCCCAGAGCUGCCAGUCUGUGUGCUGCCAGCCCACCUGCUGCAGACCCAGCUGCUGCAUCUCCAGCUGUUGCCGCCCCACCUGCUGCAGACCCCAGUGCUGCAUCUCCAGCUGUUGCCGCCCCACCUGCUGCAGACCCCAGUGCUGCAUCUCCAGCUGCUGCCGCCCCACCUGCUGUGGUGGUUCCAGCUGUGGUGGAUCCAGCUGCUGCCGCCCCACUUGCUGUGCGUCCAGCUGCUGCAGGCCCCACUGUGGGCAAGAAACCUGCUGCCGCCCCACCUGCUGUGUGUCUAGCUGCUGCAGGCCCCAGUGCUGCAUCUCCAGCUGCUGCCGCCCCACCUGCUGCAGGCCCCAGUGCUGCAUCUCCAGCUGCUGCAGGCCCCAGUGCUGCAUCUCCAGCUGCUGCAGGCCCCAGUGCUGCAUCUCCAGCUGCUGCCGCCCCACCUGCUGCAGGCCCCAGUGCUGCAUCUCCAGCUGCUGCCGCCCCACCUGCUGCAGGCCCCAGUGCUGCAUCUCCAGCUGCUGCCGCCCCACCUGCUGCAGGCCCCAGUGCUGCAUCUCCAGCUGCUGCCGCCCCACCUGCUGCAGGCCCCAGUGCUGCAUCUCCAGCUGCUGCCGCCCCACCUGCUGCAGGCCCCAGUGCUGCAUCUCCAGCUGCUGCCCCCCCACCUGCUGCAGACCCCAGUGCUGCAUCUCCAGCUGCUGCCGCCCCACCUGUUCUAGCUGUUCUUGCUGCUGA